AUGACAAGCGACGAUCUUAUCUCCCUCAUUGACGAAAACACAUCCAUCAAAGUUAGCUCGACUUUAGAGAAAGCAACAGGAAAGAAGCAUCUCGUGGACAACAGCCCAGAAACAUGUUGGACGUCUCAACAAGGCCUACCGCAAUUCAUUCAACUCGGUUUCGCAGAUAAACCCGUUGUUCCCAAGCGCUUGUCUAUGACUUUUCAAGGGGGAUUCGUCGGAACUCGAUGUGUCGUCCAGAUACCUCCUCUUGACGGAGCGAAGGACUGGCAGGUUUUAACAAGUAUAUACCCCGAGGACGUCAAUCGCCGACAGGUUUUCGAUCUGAAGCCCAUCGGAGCCGUCAGUCUGGAACGGGGGGUUACAGGGUUGCGUCUGCUGUUCGAGGAGAGCUCAGAUUUCUUUGGUAGAAUCACGGUGUAUGAUUUGAAGGUGGAGGGAACGAUAAUCGAAUGA